UCGUGAAUCUCGUUGUUUUGGAAUAAAUAAUUAUUUAUCUCAAAAUAGUAAAAUUACUCAGUACACAUUGUUUAUAAACUCUUCUCUUGAAAUAUAAUGAGUGCAGUCUACAGCGAUGGCCGACAUGUCACGAGAAGACGUAAAUUUGUUGAAUUCUUUGGAAAAAUUGGAAUUGGAUAUUAAGAUCAGCAAAAAAGCGACCGAUGAUUCGAAAUCUAAUCCAUUCAUGAGAAGAAGACGUUCAAAGUCCCUUUCCUCGCUAAAUUUCGGUUCGACAUGCAAUUGUAUACACCAACCACAGAGUGUCAAGCACACCACAUCAUUCAAGAAGCCCAACAAGAAGAUAUUAAGGGAUCCUGUGUUAAAAUUUCUCAAAUAUACUCAAAAAGUUAAUAAAGGAACAUUGUUGAAUCAACGAAAAGAAAAGCAGUUUGGUGAAAGGUUCAAUCAUGCAGACGAUUUCAAAUCUCUUAUAAACGGUUGUGAGUUAUUAAGUAUAGGUAAUAAUGAAGCUAAUACAGGCAACUUCUCUACCCCCAGUUUUUUGCAAGCUCAAUCUCACAAUGGUGUACAAAGGUCUGAUAAUAAUGCUACUACUAGUGUCGGCAGUUGUUCACAUCAAGCCAGGAUGAAUGUUAACCCCCCUUGUGAUGUCACCAUUGAUGAACUAGCUAGUUAUUUCGAAACUUUUGUACAUAUUCCUAAAAAGAUGAGUUCUAUGGCUGAAAUGAUGUAUAUUUAAUCAUAUUUGGG